GAAGACGACGUAUUCGACGAUGAACUCGAGUCCGCCCUCAAAAGUUACCAAAAAUAUUACCAUCUGAAAGCAACGGGGAUACUAGAUGAGCCAACAGUUUCCCAAAUGGUCAUUCCUCGUUGUGGAGGACCAGAUAAAGAAACUCACCACCAUGGAUCAAAAUCCUUACACACUGUUUCUCACUACCAAUUCUUCCCAAACUACCCUCGAUGGCCUCCUGGUAAAUCCGACCUCACAUACGCAUUCGCCUCCGGUUUUCCAAACAAUCGCAUACCUCCCAUUGUCCGUGCCUUCAACCGAUGGUCUUCCGGUACUCGUUACUUUACGUUUUCACGAGUCAAUAACAUUAUGGGUGCAGAUAUAAAGGUUAGUUUUCAAAGAGGAAAUCAUGGAGAUGGUGCUAGUUUUGAUGGGCCUGGUGGUAUAUUGGCACAUGCUUUUGCGCCAACUGAUGGAAGGGUUCAUUACGAUGCAGAUGACACUUUUUCUAACGGACCAGGACCUGUUCCGAAUGUUAUAGAUUUUGAGACGGUAUCAGUUCAUGAAAUCGGACAUCUGCUUGGGUUGGAUCACAGUAACGAUAUGAAUGCGGCAAUGUAUGCUUAUAUCUAUCCUGGAGUCGUAAAGGGUUUGAAUGCAGAUGAUAUAGAAGGCAUAAGAGUUCUCUAUGGACUUUAAUUAAUUAUGUUAUCGUUGUUAUAAUGUAUUAAUAUAUGUUGCAAGUGUUUGAAGAUAACAAGAUGUAUUAUGUAACGAAUGCAAACAUAUUAUUAAAAUAAAU